GCAGCUUCCUUUGUGUUUGCACAUACGGGUAUCUGUGCCCCGCCCGCUUCGUUCGGUCGACGUCGUGAGGCUGUGUGACUGUUGUUGUUAGUUCUGGUACCAGAGUCCCCGAGCUCCGUGACGGAAGGUGGGAAGGAUACGUUUUUAUACAGACGAUGGCGUCUAGUGACCCAGAGCGGGAUGACGGAUCUCCUGGAAGCUUGUCACCAACAUUAGACAAAUAUAUGGAGCAUUGUGACCCAUCGAAGUCCCCUAGAGCUUAUAGGCAUUAUUCAAGAUCCCGCUCACGUUCAAGGGAGCAUAAAAGGAAGACUGAUGAUGGAAAGAAGCACAGGAGCAGGAGUAAAGAGGGAAGAAAAUAUGACUCCAAAGACAAAUCCUCAAAGAAAUACAGAUCUGAUGACCCCGAUAAAGAGCAUUCGGACAAAGUAAGGGACAGGCUUAAUUCUUCAGAAAAUGGAGAGGAAAGACAUCGACGGAAAGAAAAGAGAUCGUCUAGAGGAAGAAGUCCUUCUGGGUCUCGAUCACGUGACAGGCGUCAUCGUAGUAAAAGUCGUGACAAGAAAAAGUCCCGAUCAAGGAGCAGAGAUCGUAAAAGGCGCCCUCGCUCUCGUUCAACAUCCAGGUCCAGGCACCGCCAUAGGAGUAAGAGUAGAAGCAGGAGUCGUGAAAAGAAGAAAAGACCUGACAAACCUAGAAGGCACAGUAGGAGCCGAAGCCGAACACCACCUAGUCCACCUCCGUUUCGAGGCAGAAAUACUGCAAUGGAUGCACAAGAAGCCCUGGCUAGAAGGUUAGAGAGGGCAAAGAAACUCCAAGAGCAGCGUGAAAAAGAAAUGGUUGAAAAGCAAAAACAGCAAGAAAUCGCAGCAGUUGCUGUUGCAGGUGGUGGGUCUGUGCUUAAUGUAGCAGCAUUGUUGGCCUCUGGAACUCAGGUGACCCCUCAAAUAGCUAUGGCAGCUCAAAUGGCUGCAUUACAGGCCAAGGCUUUGGCUGAAACUGGAAUUUCUGUUCCUAGUUAUUAUAAUCCAGCUGCAGUAAAUCCAAUGAGAUUUGCAGAGCAAGAGAAAAAGAGGAAAAUGCUUUGGCAAGGCAAGAAAGAAGGGGACAAGUCACAGUCUGCUGAAAUAUGGGAAAAGCUAAAUUUUGGAAACAAGGACCAAAACGUAAAAUUUAGGAAGCUAAUGGGAAUAAAGAAUGAAGAAGAAGCUGGAACAAGCUCUGUAGACAACAAAAGUAUAAAAACCUUAAAGCAACAAGAAGAAGUUUUUAGAAACCUUGAUGCUCAGUAUGAAAUGGCAAGAUCACAGACCCACACGCAGAGGGGAAUGGGUUUGGGCUUUACAUCAUCGAUGCGAGGAAUGGAUACAGUCUAGAAGAAAAUUAAAGAAGAAAGGGAUUGUCCACUCCUUGGAACUUCUAAAUAGUUCAGGUUCUUGUAACCAAAAAGCUAGACGACUAGAUUGCAUGGAUGUUGCAUUGACUUUAACUUAUUAAAAAAAAAUCAUUUUUGUAAAUAUCAGUGAUACUGGUGUUAGUGAUAUCAGUUUGCCUAUUUCCAUUAAAUGACAAUAGGAAGUCAUUUGUUUUACUAUUUGGACAUGUAAAUGAACAUAAAGCUUUGUUCACCAAUAUUUCCUGCUGGUGUGACUCCAAAAGCAGGUCUGAUAUCAUUGCUAAAUGUAUCCAAAUGUUGUGAAAAUUUCCACAAAGAAAAUUUGUGCCAGAAUACUUCUGGAUCUUGAUAAUAAUGGUUAUUACUGUGUGCUUUAGGUAUGUUUACAUUUCGUUUAGGUGUCUUCUGUCUGAUAGCACAUAUGUUUUCAAUACACUUUUGUUCUAUACACUUGUAAAUUUUGACAUAAACAAGGCCUUCAUAAGACCUUUGAGUUUUUUUGUUUUCUCUUUUUAUA